CUUCCGGUUAUGUUUCAAGAUGGCGACUGCCCUGAGAUUAUUAUCAUAACAUCAACAUUUCGAGCUGCAUCAGAGACCCUUGUGAUGAAAAUGCUGCCAUAUAAAGAUACUACAAAAAAGAUGGGUCACUCAAGGAGACACUGCUGAGUGCUAGUGGAGGAAAAAAAUGUCAUCACAAUCACACAACAUGGAGGAUGUCUUACGGCAGCUAUCAAGGGAUAUAAUUACGCCAAAAUUUGCAAGCAUUAAACAGACUGCCAAUGAAGCCCUUGAACUACUUCAGAAUGAAGAAAAGAUAAAGACCAUUGAGGCAUGGGAGCUGAGAGAGAUUUGUCUUCAGCCUCUGCAGCUUGCGCUAGAAUCUCGAGCCAAAAAACUGGGACACACGGCCCUCGCUGGUAUUCAGGUGAUGUUCAAGGAUGAGCGCUUUCGCAGCUCCAUAGAAACAAAUGAGGAGGACAAAUGGCUGCCCUCACAGGUGCUGACAGUCCUGGCCAUAACUCCAAACCUUGCUGAAGACUUGCAGGUGGAAGUCAUUAAGCUAUUGCUGAACAUGACUGUGACUGCAUCAUGGUGUACUAGCGCUAACACCAUCAUAAAGAUUUCACAGAAAAAAAGUAUAACCACCCAUC